CUGGAUGAAGAGGAUGUGGUCCUCGGUGCGGGACAGCUGCGUGAUCUCGUUGUCCCUCCGCUUCAGGUCGGCGAUCUCGUGGUUCAGGCGCUCCAUGUGGCUCUCGGCGUUGUUGAGGGCCGCCCUCUUGUUGGUGGAUAUCAGCUUGGCCAUCUCCUGCUGCAUCCUCUCGAUGGCGCGCAUCAUGUCGCCGAACAUCUUCUCGCAUUCCUGCAUGGCUCUCUGGGCUGAACUCUGCACGGGACGCACGGAGGAGGGGGAAGGCUGUACCACACUCUGGAGGGCGGGCUCCCGGUCGCACUCGGCAAAGCCUCUAUCUGCUCGUGACGCCGCGUCCUGCCUGUUUCUGCCGGUCUGCCUGUGCUCUCAGAUCAUCACAAUGGCUGAUCAAAGCUCUCCAGACUACUUCAACUGCUCGCUGUGCUUGAACCUGCUGAGGGACCCCGUGGCGAUCCCCUGCGGCCACAGCUUCUGCAUGGACUGCAUCAGCGGCUACUGGAACGAGGCCGACUACACAGGGAUUUACAUUUGUCCUCAGUGUAAGAUCACGUUCACCCAGAGGCCAGUGCUGCGUCCCAACGCCACGCUCAGCAUGGUGGCGGAGAAGAUCAAGAAGAGCGGGCUCAACCUGACCCUCAACUCGUCCCAGGGGAACGUCUACGCCGGGCCCAGCGACGUGCCCUGCGACUUCUGCACCGGGAAGAAGCUGAAGGCUGUGAAGUCGUGUCUGAACUGUCUGGCGUCCUACUGCGACAAGCACCUGAAGCCGCACUACGAGUCAGCCACGUUCAAACGGCACAAGCUGGUGGACGAGUUAGGAAACCUGGACAGGAAGAUCUGCCCACAGCACCAGAAGUCCCUGGAGCUCUUCUGCCGGACAGACCAGAUGUGCAUUUGCGCGAUCUGCACUGUCAGUGAACACAGGGGCCACGACAUUGUGUCUGCAGAGGCUGAGAGGGGUGAGAAGCAGAAACUUUUGGGAAUUUCCCAAGCUGAGAUUAGACAAAAAUGCCAGGAAAGAGUGAAAGAGCUGGAAGAGCUCAAGACUGCUGUGGAUUCUCUCAAAAACUCAGCCCAGAGAGCCAUGGUGGAGAGCCAGAAGAUGUUCGAGGACAUGAUCCGCUCCAUCGAGAGGAUGAGGUCGGAGGUGACCAAGCUGAUCGGCAUCAACGAGAAGGCGGCUUUCAACCAGGCCGAGGCUUUGAUCGAGCGCCUGGAACAGGAGAUCGACGAGCUGAAGAAGAAGGAGUCCGGCCUGAAGCAGCUCUACAGCACCGAGGACCACAUCCACUUCCUGCAGAACUUCCACUACCUCUGCACCCCCACCGACGACGGCUUCAUACCCAGGGUGACCGUGAACCCCGACUUCUCGUUCGGGGCCGUCAGGAAAGCCGUGGCCGAGAUUAAGGAGCGCCUGGAGGAGUUCGGCAGAGAAGAGCUGCUCAAGAUCUCCAAGUCAGUGAACGAGGUGCCGGUCUACACCACGGAGAGCCGCACGCUGGACAGGAGGAACAGAGGCAAAGAGAUAACGGUGGACAGCGCUACUCCUCCAGAGCCCAAGAGCCGGGCCGACUUCGUCAAAUACUUCUGCCAGCUGAAGAUGGACCCCAGCACAGCCUACAAGGAGCUGUACAUCUCCGAGAGCAGCAGGAAGGUGACCCGCACCAGGGACCUGCAGCCGUACGGCGACAACCCGGAGCGGUUCGACAGCUUCGCCCAGGUCCUGUGCCGGGAGGCGCUGUCCGGCGGCCGCUACUACUGGGAGAUCGAGUGGAACGGGGAGUUCUCGGUGGGCGUGGCCUACAGGAGCAUCAGCAGGAAGGGCAAAGGCUCGCUGUGUCUGCUGGGCUACAACGACAAGUCCUGGAGCCUCCUGUGCUCCGACUCGGGCUACUCCGCCUGGCACAACCGCGUGGAUAAGGCCGUGAGCGGCCCCCACUCCCCCCGGAUAGGCGUGUACCUGGACCACACGGCGGGCGUGCUGGCCUUCUACAGCAUAGGGAACACCAUGACCCUCCUGCACCGGUUCGAGACCACGUUCGUGGAGCCGCUCUACCCGGGGUUCGGAGUGGGAACCUCGGUCAAGAUCUGCAACAUCAAGUGAUGGCCGACCCUUCCACUCACAUCUGAACCGAUUGUCAACUUAUGCUUCUGGAAUAUAUAUUUUUGCAAUUCUAAAACUGAACCAAACCACACUGUUAAUGUACUUAUUGCUUAUUUUUUUUUAAAGAAAAAUGCUCCUUCCAAAUAUGUACAUACUUGUUUUUUUAACUUUACACAUCACAGACUGUAUUAAGUUUUGAAUUCUGUCAAAUUUCAUUUUCACCAUAGAUUUUUUUUUUUAGGAUUAUUUGAAACACAAUAUUACUGCAUAAUCACUCAAUCACGAUAUGAAGAAAAGUGUUAUCCCUGUUAGCGUCUAGAUGAUUAUAUAACGCGUCGUUAUGUGGGAGAGGAGCUCCGAUUAAACACUGAUACUUUUUAGAUUUACCCCAGAGUAUUAUUUCAUAACAUCCCGGGUAUGUAGGAGUCAUGAUGUGUGUAUGUUGCACUUGUGGGAAAAGUAAUAAAUUCAUCAGUCGUCAUGUUUGCUCAUCAGUAGGUAUUAUUAUCAUUAUUAUUAUCAUUAUUAUUAUUAUUAUUAUUGUUCGUACAUGAAAAAUUUCAUUGUCAUUUCAUUUGUUUAUCAGACAGCUAUCAUGUAUCAGAGGCUGAAAGUCCCUGCAGUUUUUGUUUGUUGUUUUUGUUUUUUUGUUUUUCCACUUGAACUAACCCUUAUUUAAUUGUGUGUUCGUAGAUAAUGGACGGCCACAGUGUAAUUCCAACACAGAAAAAAAAAAAAAAAAAAAAAAACUUUUUUGUACCUAAAUUACUCACUUACAGUUCAAAAUAAAGAACUAAAUGAA